AGUGGAUGCCGUGGGGACAAAUAAAUGCAUAUCUACAUUGGGGUAUAUUGUAAGAAGUUAGGGUAGGGAGAAGCUUUUCUCUUUGGAGGAGUAGCAUGUUCCCUACUUCAGGUGUGGAGGUCCAGUGCAGUGUCACAAUGGAAUACCUCGAUCAGGCUGGCCAAGCUACCAAACGCAAAAAUAUCCGUAAUGCCAGUGUUGCCCUUGGGCGCAAUGAGUUUCGAGAGAUUGCUCUUCUUGUGAAUGAUGGGAAGUUGUCACAGACUUUUGUCUUGCGUGAAAUCCAGCUUUUUACCCGCUUCAUUCGGGAUGGGAAGAGUACUGUCAAGUUGAUUCCUGAAAAUAUUCAGAUACUAAUUUCGAACUGCCCACCAGACAAACUGAAAAUACUUUUCAAAACAUUAUCCAUUAAAUAUGCUGCGGAGAAGAAGAUCAGCAAGCCAGUCAGUGAUCGGACACGGCUGCUCUCCACCCUUCCACGCACUUUUGACACAAUUAGCCCUGUGCAGGUGCAGGACAUUGAAAGAGCGAAUAAGCUUCCAUUGCAAAGCAAUGUGCAGUCACCAACUUCUACAAAAGGACUGAAGAAUCAAAUAGGUAACACUGGUCCAAACAAGCAGAUCAAGCGGUCAAGGACCAAUACGUCAGAAAACUGUCUGAAUACAGAACUGAAACCCACCAAAAAGCCCAUCUUGUCAAUGCCAGUGGGAAGGAGGCUCUCAAAGGAACAGUCACACGUCCUUGCCAUGGUUCUUAAAGGAAAGAAUGUCUUCUUCACUGGAAGUGCUGGUACCGGGAAAUCUUUCUUACUGAAGAGGAUUGUGGGAGCAUUGCCACCGAAGUGUACGUAUACCACUGCCAGUACUGGGGUGGCUGCCUGCCAUAUUGGAGGCACAACGCUUCAUGCAUUUGCAGGGAUUGGAUCAGGAAAAGCUUCUCUGCAACAAUGUGUAGAGUUGGCUCAAAGACCCGGGAUCCUCAGUCAAUGGAUAAAUUGCAAGCACCUUAUCAUAGAUGAAAUCUCGAUGAUAGAAGGAGAAUUCUUCGACAAGCUUGAAGCUGUGGCGAGGAUUGUUCGAAAGUGCAAUGAGCCUUUUGGUGGAAUCCAGUUGAUAGUUUGUGGAGAUUUUCUGCAGCUUCCUCCUGUGACUCAUGGCAAGGAAAGAUAUAAGUUUUGCUUCCAGGCAAAGAGCUGGCACAAAUGUAUCGAGGUGAACAUGGAACUGACAGAGGUGCGAAGGCAAACCGAUAAAACAUUCAUUGCAAUGUUACAGGCUAUACGGCUUGGGAGAUGUCCAGAUGAAGUUGCAACCCAACUGAUCAAGACUGCCAUCCAGAAGAUAGAUCGAGAUGGAAUUCUAGCUACACGGCUUUGCACACAUAAAGAUGAUGUGGAAUUCACCAAUGAGAAAAGGCUCCAGCAGUUACCAGGGGAGGUGCUCACAUUUGAGGCUGUUGACAGUGAUCCUAUGUUGGUAGAAAUGUUAAAUGCACAGUGCCCUGCAGGUCAAAAGUUGCAGCUGAAGAAAGGGGCUCAGGUGAUGCUGACCAAAAACCUGGACGUACAGCGAGGGAUGGUAAAUGGUGCCCGAGGUGUUGUUGUAGGCUUUGAACCUGGAAACAAAUCAUUGCCCCAAGUCCGUUUUAUGUCUGGUGUAACAGUGACAAUAAAGCCAGAACGAUGGUUGGUUAAAGCCCUCGGUGGGACCUACUUGACCAGGCAGCAGCUCCCUCUGAAGUUAGCCUGGGCCAUCUCCAUUCACAAGAGCCAGGGAAUGACAUUAGACUGUGUGGAAAUUUCACUGGCACGAGUCUUUGAAAGUGGUCAGGCGUACGUGGCUCUCUCUCGUGCACGAAACCUGGAAGGGCUCCGAGUGUUGGAUUUUGACAGAAGAGUAGUCCAUGCCAAUCAUGAUGUCUUGCACUUUUACUCCAGAUUGAAAAAGCAACAGAUGCUGAUGCAGACUUCAUUGGAUGGCUAUAUCAAAAUGGAAGAUCAGGAAAACUAGGAAGAUGGCAGACUUUCUUUAAAGUUUUCACCUACAUCAUUGUCUAUUUUAUUACUGAACCAUUUUAAUUUGUUCUAUUUUAAAUAUUGUGGCACUAUAUUAAUGUUUUUGUGAAUUGAUUAUGAUGUGACAAGACACUGGCUACCUUGGAAAUAGAAAUAGAAAAGUAAGUUCGCAAUUUUCUUACAAAAUCUACUCCAUCAGGAUCACAGAA